UUCUUGGAACGCAAGACAUGCGGUUUCACGAGAAACACCGGCUUUAUCCUCGAACGUCAGUCACAAACAUCAGGAAGCAAUUACCGACCAUCAUCAUAAUCAAACUCACAAAUGAAUAAGGCCAGUGCUAUUUCAUUACUCACAAGACUGCUGUAUGCUUGAAUGAGGUAGAAGAGAGGCGAUUGAUUCUGUGGGUUUCGCAGAGCUGUACUUGCCGAUGGCGUCAGAGGCGCUAAACGCGGGGGGAUUCUGAGAAAACCAGUUCUGGGAAGUCAGACAGUCAGAAAUGAACAAGCCAAACCCUGCAGUGUUCCGCUUCUGGCUCAGUUUUAGGGCACGGGCUGAAUAGAAACGCCGCUCGUUUUCGACAACCAUGUCCGUCUGAUCUACUCGCGUAGUUUAAACAAAUCCGUCGACAAGUCGCGCACUUAUAUGACAGAAUCACGACCCUCUUCAACAACCUUCCAGAACGACAGAUCUCAUUAUUGAUCUGUUUGUCAUCGCUCAAGAGAGAGCAUAUUAUUUUCUCAGCCCGAGUAAAACCUCAGGAACAAAGAAACUUUAACUGGAAUCGGUCAGAUAUCUAACCGGACAUCUUCACAAUGAUUCUCUGCGUCCAAGGCCCAAGAGCUCAUUUGACCGAUACCCCUGAUCCCACGGUCAGGUUUCCGGUGGUGACUUUCUCUUCUCCUCGCCGCAUUCACUCGGCCAUUACCUCAUGGGACCCUAGCAAAGAUUUAAACGUUAUCUCUGAAAAUUUCUCCUAUCUGGAUGCAUCAGGUUGGUACUGGGGUGCCAUCUCUGCAAACGAGGCCCACUCUGUCCUACAGGAGGCACAGAAUGGUACUUUCCUGAUACGGGACAGCAGCCACCCUCUCUAUAUGUUGACACUGUCUGUUAAAACCAGCCGUGGGCCCACGAACGUACGCAUCGAGUACAGCCAUGGACAUUUCCAUCUGGACUCCAGUUCCCCGGUCAGAUCUCGAAUGCAGUCCUUCCCCGACGUCCCCAGCCUCCUACAGCACUACGUGGGCUCCAGGAACAAAGAGGAGGGGGAGAAGACUGAGGAGUCUGAUCACAUAACUUCCUUAAAACCCAAGGAAUGUGCGAUGUUGCUAAAACUCAAAAAGCCGAUCCAUCAUCCUCAAGCCUUUCCUUCUUUGCAACACCUCACUCGCUUGGUAAUCAACAAAAACACAAUUUGCACAGAGAACCUGCCUCUACCCAGACCGAUACUUCAAUAUCUUAAGGAUUACCCUUUCCAGCUUUGAGGUCACCAUGGAACCGCACACCAUGGCCAAUCACGAGGUGGAUGCUGAUGUUUUUGAAGGAGGCAAGAUAAAUGCACAGCCCCGACGAGAGGUUCGGGGUCAAACAAGAAGUGUUGAGACUUGUUUAUGGACGAGAAACAAGUUUUUGAUGGUCAGCAAGUCUAUCUAAAUGGAAAGCUAGAUACUUUGGUUAUACCCAAGUGGGACUGAGUCAAACCAGAUGCAGAAUUGACUCAAUGAGAAGCAAGUCGUGACUCGACCUUCAUGUCAUACUGUUAAAAGUGUGACGGGUUGAACCACCGGCUUGAGAUGAUGUUCGUUAAACUUUUGUACAGGUCACAUGACCCCUUUUAAAAAUUGGUUUGAAAUGAGAUCACACAGCUUGUCUGAAACUCACGAGAAGCACAUGCGUGGCUUGAUCUUCAGCACUCUAUAAAGGCGAGCUUAGUCACUGCGCUGCCUUGACUGGAAUAGUUUCUUUCCUUGAAAGUGUAAUGCAGUGAAAUUGUUUUUUUUUUUUACUAUUUUAAUAAAGAUUUACAUUUUUUUAUGCGCACAAUGUGGAGUUUGUAUGUAUUUAUGGAUGAAAGGUCCUUUCAUUUUAUAAUAAAAGUGACAAUCAAAUGUA